GGGCGAUUGCUGCCGGAGCCUGACCUACGGACGAACUACGAUAAAAGAGCCAGCUGUGAAUUGAUCUUCUGGCGGCAUGGCGAGCUCGACGACAGAGGCCGAAGUCAUCUUUAACCGGGCAAGUGUUGCAUUGGCUCGAAGUCAGAGACUGAUCGCAUCCUGGCUCCCUCCGAAAACCCAAGAAGAGAUAGCACAUGAAAAGACGGAGGAAGAGCUACAGCGAGAGGAAGACGAGAUAUUUACUCCAGUGCCGGAAAAACUUGGGCUCGGUGCUCCAUUGCCAAAUAGCCAGUCUGAUGGUUGUCGCAACCGCGCGGAGCUCAAUUCCAACGACAAAUUAAGAAAACAGCUAUUGGGUAGAAAUUCGAAGACAAUCACUCCAUCACGGAAUCCCAGCGGACAGCAGACAAAACAAAACAGAACCAACAAACCGAUUCCGUCCCCUACUUCGGAUUCUGAAACCGAAGAGGAAAGCAGAUCUUCCUUGGUCACACGGAAUAAGAAGAAAACAUCGCAUUCAAAGAAUGUCGCCAAUACAGUAGAACCUGACGGAGACAUUGAGCCAACAAGGAAGAAGUUCGGCACAAAGAGAGCAGGAAGCUACCUCGACGAACUUCUAUCCACCAGAACGAAAAAGAAAAAAGCGAAAAGAGGCGGUGACUGAGGCAUAUGCGCGAAGCCGUCUAUUUCCCAUUCAACUGGCGAAAGCUGUUAAGAAGCCCAGGGUAACUUUUCAGUUUGGAUAUAUGUGCCAUCGUUGCGCCGGACUUCAGGGUUGUUUCUUUGGCCUGAGGUGUGAACUCCCCAAAUCGUCGCUGUCGUUUAUUCUCCUGCUUUCCAGCGAUAUGCCCUUUCUCGGAACUACCUUCGAUCUUUUGAAGCAAUUGACGUUGGACGUCAAUUACAUCAUGU